UCGAAAAAUAAUCAUUAAUUAAAUCAUUACUUUUUUUUCCUGAUGAGAUAAAAAUAUGUCAAUAUAUUAGAUUUCCUUAAAUUACUCAUCUCAUAGAACAUUUAUUCAUUUAGAUGAAACAUUAACGAAGGGAAACAUUGUUCUCCGGAUGUAAGCGUAGCGUUUGUCUCGCGCGCAUUUCCAGCGAAGCACGAAAAAAUUUCAGGGGAGCGAUGCGCGAUAAGUAAUACAAAUUUGUCAUGGCGGUAGAGAAUCGCGGUAAAAAAUUUACGUGCUAAAAUAUUAGCUUAGAGUACAACGUUGUGAUAUCUUUGCAAGCGGCGCAAAACAUCUAAUUGACAGAGAGAUUAUGGAGUACAAGUUGUUUAUUCAACGACAAGUAAUAUAAGUAUAAAGGGACAGUCAGGUCGUGUAACCCGAUUAUUUCGUUAAAAUAUCUCGGAAUGUUACUACGUACAUUAUGGUUCAUUGGCGUGUUCAUUGCUUCCAUCGUUUUCCACCCUUCCGAGUUUUCCACUCUUGGCUCGCCGGUUAAUACAUCAGUUACUUCGAAAGAACAGAAAGUCUUCCUUGAUUGCCAAUACACUGAUUAUAGGACCUAUAUACAAUGUCUCAAGAGACAAAAGAGGCAUCAUUUCGAUCAUGGACAAAUACAUGGAGAAUACGAUCAUGAAUGUAUGGAAUCAUGCUUGAAGAAAUGUGAUUUAGAUUGCGAUGUAGUAUGUAAAUAUUGUAUGAGGAAAACAAAGCAUAGACACCAAAUAAUUACAGAAUAUGAAUCUGAAUGUGUUUCUGGAAAAUGUACAGAACAGAAGAAGGAAGAUUUACCAAAUGCCAAUAUUACCACUAAUAUUAAUAUUCAUAACAUUAUUCACGGAAAUCUAUCGUGUUGUAAUUCAGGAACUGGGUGUCCACCAAAAAUUAUAUGUCCGCUGCCACCACCAUCAUCAUCUCCACCAUCAUCAUUAUCACCUCCGACAUCACCGUCAUCAUCGUCACAAUCAUCAUUUCCGACAUCACCGACACCACUGCCACAUCCUCCACCUCCUCCACCUCCUCUACUUCCACCUCUGCCAUCACCUCCAUUACCACUACUACCUCCACCAUUACCACCAUUACCACCUCUGCCUCUACCAGUAUGUCCUUCACAAACAUGUUAUCCUUAUAGUUUUAUGUAUGGUCAAAGCAAUUUUGGAUGUCAAUAUUGGAAUUUAUAUCCUUGCAUUCAAACUUGGACAAAUCCAGCUGGACCAAUUGAUUGUUCCGGUUGUGGUUAUAAUUAUACUUAUAAUUCUAAGUGUCAUGUUUAUUGCUAUUAUACAACAUAUAAUAUAAUCCAAUCUUCAAAGUGUAAAAGUUCAUAUUGCGUAGAUGGUACUUAUGGAUAA